UCGACUUGUMUAUUUCCGUUGCAGAAAGGAAGUAGCUCGUUGGGUCUUGUGGAGGUGACCGAAUGGCAGAUUUAUUCUGUCAAUCUUGAAUUAGUUCUCUCCCAGAGUCGUAGGAAACACCGAUUAUUUUAUUUUCAUUGUGAAAAAAUACCGUUAGCACCAUGGGAGCUCACCUCGCGCGGCGGUAUAUCACCGAGACGGAGACCGAGCCUGACCCUGCGAAACCGUUUGGCUUUGACCCCGAAUUCGGCUUCGAUGAGAGGAAAGAGAGAGAGAUGGUGGCCUCCCAGGCCCAGAUGAACCUGGCCCAGGUCCCUGUACUCCAGAGGGACUACUGCGCCCACCACCUCAAGCUCAUGAAGUGUAAGAGGGACAACUGGCACUUCCUGGCCUGUAAACACGAGAGACACGACUGGGACUACUGCGAGCACCAGGAGUAAGUAUCUGCCUGGUUCUAGGUGUAGGUCGAGGUUUAGCAGCACCAGGAGUAAGUAUCUGCCUGGUUCUAGGUGUAGGUCGAGGUUUAGCAGCACCAGGAGUAAGUAUCUGCCUGGUUCUAGGUGUAGGUCGAGGUUUAGCAGCCCAGGAGUAAGUAUCUGCCUGGUUCUAGGUGUAGGUCGAGGUUUAGCAGCACCAGGAGUAAGUAUCUGCCUGGUUCUAGGUGUAGGUCGAGGUUUAGCAGCACCAGGAGUAAGUAUCUGCCUGGUUCUAGGUGAG